AUAAAAGCGGUGUUUUGCAGCGUACGAACUGGAGGGAAAAAAUUUCAACGAGGAAAGAUCUGAUGACUACAAGCGAUCCUUGAUAGAGUAGAACGUGUGUAGAAUCUAGAUCACCAUGGUUUUGUCGAACACCACUCUGUCUUCAAACCAAGACGAGGAUGGAUACUGUUACUGGUCGAGCUUUGAUCUGACGUCUUUUGCCAAAGGCAGCAGAAAGAAGGCGUUCGUGGGACAGCUCAACGGAUCCGGGCCCAGGUGCGGCGAUCUGGCAGUGAUCAAGAUCUUCGUUGACAAGCCGGGGACGGAGUCGCGCUGCCAGACGGAAAUGGACAAGACGAGCACUGCGCAGAAUCUGACGUGGAGCUUCCUAAACAAGCAGCCGACCCGAGGGGAGAGACUGGAGUUCGUGAAGCUCCUGAAGGCACUGAUGGACGACCGGUCCGUGGUGACCCCGGGGAGUCGAAAACUUCAGCGGGGUGAGUGGGUCCUGAUCGAGGAGAAGUUCGACAAGCACUUCAGGACGUUCAUCGACCACUGCGGGCGACUCAAGUGCAAAAACGUGGCGCUGCUGGAGGCCUUCGUCCACUUCUCCUACCACUACAGUGGCGGGAGGCUGGUCGUCUGCGGACUCGAGGGAUCCAAGUGCGGCAGCUGCUACCGUCUGAAGACCCCCAUCAUCCACUCCGUCGACCAGAGUUACGGCGACAGCGACGCCGGCAAGGGAGGCAUCGACCGAGUGUUCGGCAACCACGUCUGCAACGACAUGUGCCGUGGAUUUAUCUCCCCUGAGUGGAGUCUCGAUCGCCCGCAACCUUCAGCGCCGUACGAACCGGAGCUGCAGUUUCUGUUUGAUCUCGAGCAGUUCCCGUACUUCGUCGGACAGUCUGGCGGUCCGCUUUACGACAAUCCGCCCAUGGUCUACGAUCUAGAUAAAGGACAGAAAAGUCUGCGACUGCAGCCACCGCCUCGCCUGAGAUAUCCAGAGUUGUCUCCCUGUACGUGCCAACAGUGUCCAUGCUUCGAGUGCCAAACCAUGUUUAGUGUGAGAUCUUGUCCCUUGGCGUCUCAUCGUCAGGCGUGAGAAGGCGUGAAUAGGUCUCCCUCGCCCGUUUUAGAUCUGACAUACACAUAUCAUUAACACACCGGACAGAUACAAUUCCUUAAACAUUCUGUGUAAAAAAUACCGUUUAAGUCUCAAAUACGUACAUCCAAAAUAUAGUCACAUACGUUAUCUCGAUGUUGAAGGGACAGAGACUGAGCUAGCAAAUUCGAGAUACGAUUGUUCGAGAUAUAAACAUUAUUUUUAGUUGUUGGUAAAAAUUAUGCCAUGGGAUAAUCUCGACCUCGAGAUAUCCUGGGUUCGUCAUAUAAAAUAGUUCGAGAUAAUGACGUUUUACUAUACGUUAUCAACGUUCUGUAUACACUUUAAGUUUAUAUUCAUAUAUCAAAAACACAUUAACACCAUUGGCAUAGCCAGUAUUUCAUAGGGGUGGGACACCUGCACUAACAUCCGUAUUAUAGGGUUACAGGCAAAUAUAAAAGGUGUUGGGGGGGGGGGGAGGGGGUGUAAAUGGGGGAUAAUGGCUAUCAUCCAUACGCCAGUAACACUACAUCUAUAGACGUCAUUAAAUAUUCUAUAUUACAAACUUGCUUACCCAGAUCCAUGUAUCUAAUCUACCUACGUUGGAUGUACAGAAAUCUUCCAAUUUAUGCAUAAACAUACAUUUGCAUACAUCUAAAAUUUAUUGCAUUUUAUGUAGAAUUCCAUAAAUGUUAGCUCAAACUGAUAUACAAGUACUUCAAAGUUUUUUCAUGAAGUAUAGUUAUAUUGGCUCAAAUUCACAAACAUCACCAACAAUACUAAAACACUUGUUUUGCAUCUUGGAAGGCAGACAUUCAGCUUUGCAAUAUAUAUUAUCAUCACCUAGCAAUAUUAUUGUCGCAUACCUCAAUAUCCAAUAGCAUUGCCAUUCUUAUCACAAAUCAAAAUGCGUAAACGCUUAGAUACGCAAAAGCCAGACUAAACCAAACGAUAAUCAACUGAUUUUGAAAUAAUGUAUUUACAAUGCUUAAACAACUGUCUCCUGUCCCGGAUUUGGCCAAUAGCGUUGUCAAAGGUUAUGUCUGAGAUGGGAGUGCCUGAAACCUUCCCGGUAUAGGGGCACGUACAGAGAGUUCGCUCGCUUAAACACCCGCGUUUAAGAAAAACGGUCUUCGUUAAUUGGGCCAUGUGUCUUUAAAGUCUUGUUAAUUACUAACUAAAAGCUGUAAAUCUCGAUACAUAACCAAAUAAUACUAUAUAUUAUGGUACAAUAAUCGUCACAUUAUGCAUUUAAAGUUUGUUACUUUCCUAUAAAGAAUGUGUAUUUGUAGGAUUACUUUGAGUUAGGUGUCACUUGGUUUAGUUUAGCAUUUCGUAUCUAUUUGAUGAUUUUUUUUUUAAUUACCCAAUACGUGUACAUUUGACAUUUCAUUGUAUUGCUUACUAAAAUGAAAAUUUAUUAAAGGGACAUACCCAAGUUUUAAAACACUAAGGCA